GGAGAAGAGAAAAAGGGGAACACCAGUUGCUGUCAUUCCAGGCCUACGUGCAAUCUUCAGACAAACCAGGGCUUUCUUCCUUAGCUUGGAGACUCCAUACACAGGGUUAUGCCUGUGAACCUAUCCACUCUGACUGUUUGCCUGCUAGGCACAGCCAUUCUCUGUGCAGAAAUUUCUCUUGAAUCUAGCUCAACAACAACACCUAUAAGCCCAGAGGCUACUCCUACCAAUGUGUCCACUCUCGCACCUUCCACCGCUGGUACUAACACCUCUACUCCAGGGACUGACCCCACAUCUAACUCCACAGAGGCCAACAGCACCACGGUCUCCACAUCCGACCCCACAUCUAACCCCACAGAGGCCAACAGCACCACGGUCUCCACAUCUGACCCCACAUCUAACCCCACAGAGGCCAACAGCACCACAGUCUCCACAUCUGACCCCACAGAGGCCAACAGCACCACGGUCUCCACAUCUGACCCCACAGAGGCCAACAGCACCACGGUCUCCACAUCCGACCAGGCAAAUGAGGAAGCCCCAGAGACAAUGUUGUCAACUGGCGAGAUAGCCGGCAUUGCUGUCGGCAGCAUUGCUGGGGUGGCGGCUAUUGGUGGAGGGAUCUUUGCUGGUCUGAAGUUUAGUGGGAAGCUGGCUGGUUAGUUUUGCUAGACUGGACUGGACAGGGCUGGGUAAGGCUAAGCUGGGUGGGUUGGUAAAGGGAGUUUCUAUUGGCCUGAGACCAGUCCAAGACUCUAUAUGCUGCACAACCACUGUGGAAAACAACCAGAGCCCUCUCACCUUCUUCCAUCUGAAAACACUGCCAAACAACACAUUGAGAACCUUCAUUUACAACUAUACAGGAAUGCAGCCAAAAUAGGGAAUUUUAUACAGUGCUCAGUCAAGAUAAAAUACUACUUCUA